GUGACGCAGGCGGAAGUGGUGCUGUGUGGAGCGGCGCAGACACAAACAUCGGACAGUGUUUGAUCCUCAUAUAGAUAGAGAUCGAUAUAAAAUAUCGGAUCGAUCGGGAUCAGAGGGGCGGGGCUGCUGAUGGCGGUGACAGUUUCCGCGGGAGGCCCGGCUCUCAUCAUGGAGAACGGACAGAGCACCACCAAGCUGGGUCUGCCGGCGCUGACGGUCCACCAGCAGGAGGCGCUGCAGAGGGCAAAGAAGUACGCCAUGGAGCAGAGCAUCAAGAGCGUUCUCGUCAAACAGUCUCUAGCUCAGCAGCAGCAGCUCACGAGCCUGCAGAUGGCGUCCCUGUCGAUGGGUCUGGGUGACGCUUUGUCUCCUCUGCAGUCAGUGGCGGCGCAGCGUCAGAGAGCUCUGGCCAUCAUGUGUCGAGUUUACGUCGGCUCCAUCUACUACGAGCUGGGAGAGGACACCAUCAGACAGGCCUUCGCUCCAUUCGGACCAAUCAAAAGCAUCGACAUGUCCUGGGACUCUGUCACCAUGAAGCACAAGGGUUUCGCCUUCGUAGAGUACGAGAUGCCCGAAGCGGCUCAGCUGGCCCUGGAACAGAUGAACUCUGUCGUCCUCGGAGGGCGAAACAUCAAAGUUGGGAGGCCCAGUAACAUCGGCCAGGCUCAGCCAAUCAUCGACCAGCUGGCGGAGGAAGCUCGUGCCUUUAACAGGAUCUACGUGGCGUCUGUCCACCCUGACCUCUCCGAUGACGACAUUAAGAGUGUCUUUGAGGCCUUCGGAAAGAUCAAGUCCUGCAUGUUGGCCCGAGAGCCAACAACCGGAAGGCACAAAGGCUACGGCUUCAUCGAGUACGAGAAGGCUCAGUCCUCUCAGGACGCUGUGGCCUCCAUGAACCUGUUUGACCUGGGGGGUCAGUACCUGCGAGUGGGGAAGGCCGUGACUCCGCCCGUUCCACUCCUCACGCCAACGACUCCUGGAGGUCUCCCAGCUGCUGCUGCAGUGGCAGCGGCUGCAGCCACCGCCAAAAUCACUGCUCAGGAGGCAGUGGGAACAUCGGUUCUUGGAGCUCUGGCUGGACCGGCGCUCCUCUCCCAGCAGCUAGGCGGACUUCCUCCGGCUGUCAUGGCUGCUCAGGCUCCAGGUGUCAUCACAGGUGUGACCCCUGCUCGACCCGGCCUGCCUCAGGUGGGUUUGGUGAAUCCGGUGCUGGCAACACCCCCAGCGCCAACGGCCUCUUUUGGCUCUGAGGCGAAGAGGAAAGAAGAGGAGGAGGAGUGUCAGCAGGAGGCGCAGCAGGACGGAGCCAUGGAGCCGCUCAGUGAGCAGGAGCACAUGAGCAUCAGCGGCAGCAGCGCCAGGCACAUGGUGAUGAGGAAACUGCUUCGCAAGCAGGAGUCGACCGUGAUGGUCCUGAGGAACAUGGUCGGCCCCGACGACAUCGAUGACGACCUGGAGGGUGAGGUCACAGAGGAGUGCGGGAAGUUUGGCCGGGUGAAGCGCGUCAUCAUCUACCAGGAGCGGCAGGGCGAGGAGGACGACGCCGACGUCAUCGUCAAGAUCUUUGUGGAGUUUUCAGAGGUGGCCGAGAUGAACCGAGCCAUCCAGGCGCUCAACCGCCGCUGGUUCGGAGGACGCAAGGUGGUGGCGGAGGUUUACGACCAGGAACGCUUCGACAGCAGCGACCUGUCGGCGUAGAACACACACACAUAAACACACUCAGAGCGUAGUGUAGACAACCUUUCUUCUUCAGUUUGUCUUUGUACAGAUUUAAAGGAACACUCCGCUGUUUCAUGUUUGACUACAAAUAUUUUCCACUCCUGCUGAUUGAUUUCCAAUCAAUACAUUUUUAUGUUUUUAUAUGAAAUCAGCUCCGUGUCGUCCAGGCACACAGCCGCUUCACAUUUACAUCAUAUUAACAGAAACCAGCUUAAGCAACCGCUAACGUUAGCAGCUAAUGUAAAAAGGAAUGAAGUCUCACUUUCAUUCUUCAGAAAGUAAAAACGUGAUAAAGAAAUAUUGAUCUGAUCAUCAAUAGGAGUGAAACAGAUUUGAGCUGAACAUGAAGCAGCUGUGGUUCAGAUGUUACUUUAGACAGCAGGAACAUCUGGAUGUUAUGAACUGACUGACGUUCCUGAACGCACCACAUCAUCAUCAUAAUCCUCAUCCAAACUCAAACUAACUUCUGUCUGUCCUCACGGUUUUGUCCUCCAUGUUGUAGUGACGUUCUCUGAACGCUGUGGGAGCGUUUGAACGUGUGGAUUGUUCUUGACGUCCAAAGCGUGGAUGGAGCUUUGCAGGGCGGCGGUGUGUUCAGGUGUCAAACAGAAAUAUGUGAAUAAAACUUUUCUUUUGUUUCUUACAA